GGGCGCAGGCCCCGCAUGAAAUUACCAUGCAGGGAUUUUCUACUGGAGGACAUGGAUCUUGCUGCCAACAAGCUCAGCGUUUAUGACAAACUUGCAGAGACUGUUGAUUUGGUGAGACAGAUGGGCCAUCAGUGUGGCAUGUCAGAGAAUGCAAUUGAAAAACUUAUCAGACAGCUGCUGGAAAAGAAUGAACCUCAGAGGGCACCCCCCCACCACCAGUAUCCUCUCCUUAUAGCCAUGUAUAAGGUUCUCGCAACCUUGGGAUCAAUCAUGCUCACUGCCUACUUUGUGAUUCAACCUUUCAGCCCAUUAACACCUGAGCCAGUGCUUUCUGGAGCUCACACCUGGCGCUCACUCAUUCAUCACAUUAGGCUGAUGUCCUUGCCCAUUGCCAAGAAAUACAUGUCAGAAAAUAAGGCAGUUCCUCUGCGUGGGGGUGAUGAAGACAGACCCUUUCCAGACAUUGACGCCUUGUGGACAAAGAACUGUGAGCAGAAUGAGUCAGACAUUCCUGCCAACUGUACUGGCUGUGCCCAGGAACCUCUGAAGGUGAUGCUCCUGGAAGACGCCCCAAGGAAAUUUGAGCGCCUCCAUCCACUGGUGAUAAAGAGGGGACAGCCCUUGUCACCUGAGGAGAUUCAGCAUUUUUUGUGCCAGUACCCCAAGGUGACAGAAGGCUUUACUGAAGGGUUUUUCACCAAGUGGUGGCGCUGCUUCCCGGAACAGUGGUUCCCAUUUCCUUAUCCAUGGAGAAGACCCCUGAACAGAUCACAAAUGUUACGUGAGCUUUUUCCUGUUUUCACUCAUCUGCCAUUUCCUAAAGAUACCUCUUUAAACAAGUGCUUCCUUCUUCACCCGGAGCCUGUUGUGGGGAGUAAGAUGCAUAAGAUGCAUGACCUGUUUCCCACUGGCAGUGGUGAGGCCACGUUGCAGCUCGUCCCUCCCUUCCAGUGCCAAAGACAUUGUCAGUCUGUGGCCAUGCUGAUAGAUUUGGGGGAUAUUGAUGAAAAUCACGUCGAGUCGUGA